AUGUCGGACGCUCAGCAGCUGAACCACCGCUUCACGCUGGAGAGCCUCUUCGGCGUCAAGGGUCGAGUUGCCCUCGUCACCGGAGGUGGCUCUGGAAUCGGUCUCAUGAUCACUCAGGCCCUGGCUGUGAACGGCGCCAAGGUCUACAUCACCGGCCGGACAGGAGAGAAGCUCGACCGGGUUGCCGAACUCUACUCCCGCGACAUCCCAGGACAGAUCAUCCCCAUUUCCGGCGACAUCACCAGCAAGGAGUCCAUCCAGGAACUGGUCGAUGAGAUUUCCUCAAAAGAAAAAGCGCUGCACAUUCUCGUCAAUAACGCUGGUAUCUCCGGUUCCACCCAGGACACCGAUAGCAAGAGCGCCGAGGAGCUGCACCAGAAGCUCUUCCAGGAUAAGGCCAACUCUUUCGAUGAAUGGGACAGCAUCUACCGCACCAACGUGUCGCAGCUCUACUUCACCACCACGGCCUUCUUGCCCCUGUUGAACAAGGGAACCGACAUCGAGCAUGGCUGGUCCAGCACCGUCGUCAACAUUACUUCGAUCUCGGGCAUUGUCAAGACUUCUCAGCAUCACUUCAACUACAACGCCAGCAAGGCCGCGGCCAUCCACGUGAGCAGAAUGCUAGCGCAUGAAAUCGCUUCCUCCGGCCUCAAGAUCCGCGUCAACAAUAUCGCACCCGGUGUGUUCCCCUCCGAAAUGACCGCCAACGAGAGCGACGACAAGCAGAAGAGUUCCCUGCCUAAGGAGCAGUAUGAGGGCAAGGUUCCUGCCGGUCGACCAGGCAAGGAUGAAGAUAUGGGAAGUGCAAUUCUGUUUGCCGUCACCAAUCAGUACUUGAACGGGCAGACGAUCGUGGUAGACGGCGGAUACGUCCUAGCUGCUGGAACGGUCUAG